GUUCUUGUGUGUCAAGAUCUGAUUUUUUUUUUUUUUACCUUCUUUUACCUUUACAAAGGGAAAGAGAGAGAGAGAGAGUUGGGCCUAUUAUUAGAGGUUGCUUCUAGUCCUCUUCAAGUCUUAAAUUGAAGAAACCCUUUUGUUGGUUUCCUGAGGAAGAAAAAAACAGAAGAGGGCCAUUUGAGAUCUGCCACACUCUGUUCAAAGGAGUGCAUCAGGGGAAUGAUAAGGAGAUGGGGAGGAAAGGAAAUUGGUUUUCUUCAGUAAAGAAAGCUCUCAGCCCUGAUUCCAAAGAGAAGAAAGAACAGAGAUCAGAUAAGUCUAAAAAGAAAUGGUUUGGGAAGCAAAAACAGCCAGAAUAUGAGUCUACCUCUUUAGCACCACCGCCCACAUCGCCACCUCUUCCUCCACAAGAAGAGGUGAAAUUAACCAAUGUGGUGAAUGAGCAGCAAAAUUAUGCUUACCCUGUUGCAAUCACCGCUACUGCAACAGUUGAGCCAGAGGUUCCUGCACCUCCUCCGGUUCAAGCUGCCCCUGAGGUAGUCAGAUUGCCCACAGUUAAUCGAUAUGCUGGAAAAUCAAGGGAGGAAGCGGCAGCAAUCAAGAUUCAAACAGCAUUUCGAGGAUACCUGGCAAGAAGGGCACUGAGGGCUUUAAGAGGGCUGGUUAGGCUGAAAACAUUGAUAGAGGGAUCUGUUGUGAAACGGCAAGCCACAAAUACCCUCAAAUGCAUGCAGACUCUAUCUCGUGUGCAAGCUCAAAUACGUUCCAGGAGGAUCAGAAUGUUAGAGGAGAACCAGGCUCUCCAAAGGCAACUCCUACUUAAACAUGCAAAAGAGACUUUGCAGCUUGGGGAUGAAUGGGAUGAUAGCUUACAGUCAAAGGAGCAAGUUGAAGCAAACCUAUUAAGCAAGCAUGAAGCAGCAAUCAGAAGGGAAAGAGCCCUUGCUUAUGCCUUCUCUCAUCAGAAAAACGGGAAGAGUUCUGCAAAAUCUGUAAACCCAAUGUUCAUGGAUCCAAGCAAUCCAACCUGGGGUUGGAGCUGGUUGGAACGGUGGAUGGCUGCCCGGCCAUGGGAGAGUCGUGGCAUGACAGAUAAAGACAUCCACGACGAUCACUCAUCUGUUAAGAGUGUAAUUACUCGCAGCAUUUCCCCCGGAGAAAUCAAUAAGUCAUAUGCUCGAUACCUCCUCAAUUCCGAUAAGCAAUCCCCUACAGCCAGUGAAAAGCCAAGUCACCCUGGAUUCCACUUACCUUCAACUCCUUCAAGGCCAGCUUCUACAAAAGUAGCUCGAAAAUUGAAGCCAUCACCAAGCCCAAGGGGUAGCAUUCGUACCCCAGAUGAUGACACAAAGAGUGUGGCCAGCAUGCAGUCAGUUCAGUUUAGGAGGCACAGCAUUGCUGGCUCAUCAGUAAGGGAUGACGAGAGCAUGGACAGUUCUCCAUCACUUCCAAGUUACAUGGUACCAACUAAAUCUGCGAGAGCUAAGUCCAGGUUGCAGAGUCCGGCAGAAAAGAAUGGGAUAACUGAGAAGGAUACCGAGUCUGUUAAGAAACGGCUCUCCUUCCCUGCCUCGCCAGCCAGACCAAGGCGGCAUUCUGGUCCGCCAAAGGUGGAUACAACUUUAAUCACUACAGAAAGAAAAGUGAGCAGUGUUGAAGUUGGAAGUUGAUUAUAGCCAGCAGAGAAUACAGGAAGAAAAGCUGUAUCAUGAAGUCUUGGUGAGUUCAUGAGCGAAAAAGAAAUAAAGGUUACUUAUUCCUUUAAUUUGUUAAUCCUCAAGAAUUGGUGUGGGUUAAAAUUGGUUGCAGGGGUUGUCAUGCUGCUGCAGGUUAUGGUUAUUUAUUCAAAUUUGUUUAUUUAUAUUUUCUGUUACACAAUACUUUUCUGUUAUUUGGGUGUUUGGCAUGGUGAUGUAUGUCAGGACCCUAAACCCUAUUCAUAGAAAACUGAUAGUCUUGCUGAUUUUUCUUGA